GUUCUCUAAUAUUUAUGUCUGGAUAAUAUAAAUAUUUCAAUUAUAUUAGUAGUUGAAAGAAAAAACAAGAUGAGCCUAAGCACCAUAACUGCCAUCACCACCACCACAAAUCUUCCUUAUCAGUUCAAACCAGAGGGCUUCAGUACAGAAACCUCCACGCCCACAUCCCAUCUUUCUCAGAAAACAAUCUUAUCUAUCUUAAACACAAAAUGUAUAAAUUCUUUACAUCACUUGAGGCAAGCCCAUGCUCUAGUUUUAAAAUCAGGCCAUUUUCAGGACCAUUACGUAGCAGGAACCUUGGUGAAAUGCUAUGUAAAUCCUUAUUUCAAGAACUUAGACAUUGCACUCAAGGUGUUCGAUCAAGUGCCAAAGCCAAAUGUUUUCUUGUGGAAUAUUUUGAUUAAAGGGUGUCUUCAGAACAAUGAGCCAUUGUUGGUUGUGUUGUUGUACUGUCAAAUGGUGGCCGCGAAUUGUAGGCCUAAUAAGUUCACCUUUCCUGCGGUUUUCAAGGCCUGCAAUUUGGUGCAGGCGGCGAAAGAAGGUGUUCAAGUCCAUGCCCAUGUUGUGAAACAUCAGUUUAGCAGUGAUGGGCACGUAAAGAGUGCCGGGAUUCAGAUGUAUGCCUCUUUUGGAUAUGUGGAUGAGGCUCGGCGGAUGCUUCAUGAGGCUGGGGAUUCGGAUGUUAUCUGUUGGAAUGCAAUGAUUGAUGGUUGUUUGAAAUUUGGUAAUGUUGAAGCGGCUAAGGAAGCGUUUGAGGCAAUGCCAAGAAGAAAUGUUGGUUCUUGGAAUGCAAUGAUUAGUGGUUUUGCUAGGUGUGGGAUGGUAGAUGCUGCAAGGGAGUUUUUUGAUGGAAUGAGUGAGAGAGAUGAAAUAUCUUGGACAGCUAUUAUUGAUGGUUAUGUAAAAGAAGGGUAUUUCAAGGAAGCCUUGGAAGUUUUCUAUUUGAUGCAAAGAGAGGAAAUUAAGCCGGGAAAGUUUAUGUUAUCGAGUGUGUUAGCUGCUUGUGCCAAUGUUGGAGCAUUUGAUCAAGGAAGGUGGAUUCAUGCUUAUGUCGAAAGGAAUUCAAUUCGGUUGGAUGCUGUAUUAGGGACUGCCCUGUUGGAUAUGUAUGCUAAAUGUGGCCGGCUUGAUUUGGCAUGGGAUGUUUUCGAAAAGAUGAAACACAAAGAAACUUUUACUUGGAAUGCCAUGAUUGGUGGGCUUGCUAUGCAUGGUAGGGCAGAUGAUGCCUUUGAGCUAUUCUCUAAGAUGCAGUGGAAAAAGUUUAAACCAGAUAAGAUUACAUUAGUGAACAUUUUAAACACUUGUGCUCAUGCAGGCUUGGUAGAUAAAGGUAUUAGGAUUUUCAGCUCUAUGAAUAGAUUGUAUGGUUUUGAACCAGAAGUAGAGCAUUAUGGGUGCAUUGUUGAUCUUUUGGGUAGAGCAGGGUUACUUGCAGAUGCAGAGGACUUAAUAAGCUCAAUGCCCAUGAGACCGAAUGCAGCUGUUUUCGGGGCGCUAUUAGGUGCUUGCAAGAUACAUGGAGAUGUUGAAUUGGGUGAGAGAAUUGGGAAAAUGUUGCUUGAACUAGAGCCACAUAACAGUGGUCGGUAUGCAUUAUUGUCAAAUAUCUAUGCAAAGGCAGGAAAAUGGAAAGAUGUUGAAAAUGUGAGAAAAUUGAUGAAGCAAAGAGGUAUAAAGACUAUUCCUGGAAUUAGCAUGAUUGACUUGGAUGGUACAGUUCAUGAAUUCAAAAUGGGUGAUGGGUCUCACCCACAAAUGAAGGACAUUUACUUGAUGUUGGAAAAGAUCAUAGAGAAGCUUCGAAUCGAAGGUUAUUCGCCAAAUACUACCCAAGUUUUGUUUGAUAUCUCAGAAGAAGAGAAAGAAACUGAGCUUCAGUACCACAGUGAAAAGCUUGCCAUGGCUUUUGGUCUCCUUAACACAACUCCUGGAACAACAAUAAGAAUAGUGAAAAACUUGAGGGUCUGUGAGGACUGCCAUUCUGCUACCAAGCUCAUUUCGCAGAUAUAUAACCGAGACAUAGUUGUUAGAGACCGCGUUCGAUAUCACCACUUUAGAAAUGGAAAAUGUUCAUGUAAGGAUUUCUGGUAAAUGGUUUUAGACUAAAUUAGUUGAAAACAUCUCUUUCUGGUGGUGGAACAUAUAUAGCUAAAGGUGGAACCAGAAAUUUGAUUUUAAGGCAGUUCUGUGUAAUUAAAUUCAGAUUUUUUACAUCAAUGAUGUUAGACCUUGUUGGUUAUUCAAGCUCAUAGUUAUUUAUUCUUAUA